AUGUCGAAUAAGCUGUUGCCGAUAAAAGAGGAUGCAGAGCUCAAGGAGCAUAUCACAAGGUUUGCUCGCAAGACAUUCAAGCAUGGCUUGCACAGAGCGGCAGCGAAAGAAUGGUAUAAUCUCCGGAGACUUUCCAAGGAAGAAGACCAUCCGCACCUUAUGGUGGCUUUGGGAGCGUAUUGGCACAGCAGUCACUUUUUUAUCCUCCAGGAAGUAGCAGAGCAAUCACUUCACGAUUAUCCCAAAGAUCCAAGCAACGCAUUUGAGUCCCAAGAGCUUUGGACGCAGAUGCAGGGCAUUGCUGAAGGACUGAGCACGCUCCACAAGCUUUACAAAGGCACAAAGAUCGCCUACCAUCAGGACAUGAAGCAUGCAAACAUUUCAAUCGUGAAGAGGAAACUAAAGAUUGCAGACUUUGGCCUACUGGAGCUGAAGCCUAUAACAUUGCCUGACGAUACCGACAUGACCGGCAUUCCGAACAAUCACGUUACUGGUUUCUACGCCGCCCCUCGCCAAGCCAAAUAUACUCGAGACUGCGAUAUAUGGUCACUAGGAUGUAUCAUGUCUGAAGUUGCGACUUGUGACAUCCAAGACCCACAAGGAGCCAGCGACUACAAAAACGCUCGCAUAGCCGAUGGACCAUCCGACAGAGACCCUCCACGCUUCUUCCGUGGACAACAAGUCAAGGACGCGGUGGUACACAUGCAUACUCAGCUCUAUGACCAUGUUCAAUCUGUCAUACCGACCAACGGCGACUUGAACAUGCAAUUUCAGAGAACCUUUUAUAGUAAAGAGUUCUUUGGACUCUUGAAUAGAAUGUUCAAGCGGAAUCGCUCUUCAGCUGAUCCACUGGAUAUCCCAGGUGGAGAAAUACCUCUCGAUGCAGCGCAAGUUGCCGAAAUACUCAAGGAAUUACGCGUAGAAGGUUUACCAGCAACUUUGCUAGACAAUGGGGUUGAACAUCUCAACUUUGACCAAUCUCUCCAGGACGCGGAGCGGUUGGAAUUUUUGAUUGGGGAAUGUCUGAUAGGAUUUGCCGAAAUCUUGAAUGGAAGAAAUCGAGCAAGAUUUCCUGCUAUAACUGUGAAUGAUCUCAAGCAAUACGUUGUUAAUUUACAGCACACGCAGCACGCAGAGCGUCAACAACAAGGCCUUGUCCGUCUGGAACCAUUUCUCAAGAGGUUCGGCGAGUUUGGCGAGCUUGUUGCAACACUACCUAGGAGUCAAGAAAUCAUGGGAUUCAUUUGGGGACCCGUAAAAUUCUUGCUUGAAACAACAAACACCUGCACGGACGCUUUCAAUGGUAUUCUCGCCAUCUAUGGACAGAUUGGAAGAGCUCAGCGGUCCUUGUCCACGUAUAAAGAAUUGUUCCAGAGUGAGCCAAGCCUGACUAAGAUCUUAAUCGCCGCAUACAGUGAAAUCAUCCAAGUCAAUCGAUUGCUCGUCAGCUACUUCCAACAGCGCUUCUGGACAGAGCUUUUUGCUACGGCAUGGAAGCGGCAUAAAUCUAGUCUCACGGCCAUCAUAUCCCGCAUGAUGUCUCGCCUCAAGCUUGUUGAUGGCCGGACAAGUGUAGAUCAAUUUCACUCAUUUGGAAUCAAUUCCCCACACGAAGAGGAGGCCAUUGAUGACGCAAGUGAUGGCCAAAACUUGGUUCGCAGAUAUGCUGUCUAUGCAUGGAUUAAACCUACCGACAUGGAAAAUGAACAAGAGUAUCUGAGGCGUAUUCGCGUUGCAUACCCAGGGACCUGCAGGUGGUUGUUACACAAUAUGGCCUUUCAAGAGUGGUUCGGUCAACAGUCCGACACAUUGGCUAUCCCAAAGUUACUGUGGCUUAAUGGAAAACCUGGUUCUGGUAAGACGGUCCUUGCAUCCCUUGUUAUAAAAGAAGCGAAAAAGCUUGAGUCAAGUCCAAAGGUCUUGUUCCUCUACUUCAAACAAGAGGAUAGCGACCGAAACAACUUCCUUUCCUUGGCUCGUACUCUGCUUGCCCAAAUUGUCGAAAAAGCCCCUCACACUCUCGACUACUUUUACAGCAGAUGUUGUAGUAGUGGAAGCGCUGUGCUCACUUCUCGCCCCCUCAUUGAAGAGUUGUUGAAAUUCGCCUUGACCAGUUGUGAGUCUACCUACUUCGUGCUUGAUGGUUUGGAUGAAUGCUGUUCAAGGAAGGAAAGAGGAGACAUCGAUCGCGAUGGUAUUGAUUGUAUGUUCAUCAGCCAACAUGACUGCGCCAGAAAGGACUAUCGCGAUCUUCCUAGUAUCACAGCGGACACAGGCAAAAAUGAGGAAGAUGUCGAAGCUUUCUGCAAGGUACAAGCCGAAAGACUGGUCCCGAAAUUUCAAGUCAAAGAUGACUACGCGCACGAGAUCGCCCAACGCGUUCCUGCAGCAGAUGCAGGAGUCUUCCUAUUUGCUCAUCUUGUUUGGAUCAAUAUUCACAGCCAGAGCUCGCAAGAAGACCUGGACCGUGCUCGAAUUAUGCGGACCAUCGAAAACAAACCUGUUACCCCUCAACGCCAAGAGGCUUUACUACUUCUUGGCUGGCUUUUUUGUGCAAAGCGAUCGUUGAAAAUGCAUGAGAUACAAACAAUGGGGUCAUUUAAUGUAGAUGAAAGGGCUGUCGGGUUCGAACGGCGACGAUUUCGAGUUCAUCCCAAGGACCUUUGUGAAUCGCUGGUGGAUGUUCAAGAAGAUGGGAGCAUUGAGCUGGUUCACAUGACUGCAAGAAUGUAUCUAGCGAAGAGUGGCUUUAUCGACGUCACCGCUAGAGCGCUCCAGAUGGCAACGCUCUGCAUCAACUACUUGAAUUUGCCAUCGUUUCAGGACCCUUCAGAAAACCAGGUUCUCGCUGGAGAGUAUGGGUUUAUGGAGUACUCCAUUCUGUAUUGGCUUCGGCAUUUGGGGGCAAGCAUGAGCUCAGCUCCUCCCGAUCAGGUUAAUCCCUAUCGCGACCUCAUGGAGUCCCUUGAAGUGAUGGUUGAGCAAUACUGGAACAAGCCAGCUGUCAGCGUUGCAUCAGUCGCCAAAUUAGCCUCCAAACGGACUCGAGACGUGCUGCAGCAUUUCAACCAUCGCCAAAGCUUUGCAAAACUCCAGCCAGUACUUGUCUUGACUGAUAAAGAACCGAAGCAUUUCGGCGACGUGCGUCUCGAGAAACGUGCUCUUAAAUUCGCGGGCGUUGUGAAGGCUGUCCGUCGCUGUAUCGAGACCUAUGUUAGUCACAGCCCGAAUCCCGACAUGGCUGGACUCAGCGACAUGUACGGUUGUAAUCUGUUCAGGUGCCCGAGAUUUAGCUGUAGAUACUUCACGAACGGAUUCUCGACGUUGGAGGAGCGCGAGAAAUAUGUCGAACGACACGAGCGCCCAUCUCGUUGCACAGACGAACAUUGCAGGGGCUCUCAAAUAGGGUUCGCGACGCAGGCAGAACUAACUAGACAUCUCAAGGAGAAUCACCCGGAUAUGACGGAGCUUUAG